UUUAAGAAAAUAAAAAAUAACAAACAAACAAAAAUGAUCACGAGGAAGAUGUGUUUUGACAUCGUGUUUUAGGAUCAGAAACUAAAGUAUAAUAAACAAACAAUACAAAGUCUACAAGGAGUUCGUAAAAAUAAUAUAUAAACCAUCGCACAUCUUAAUCCUUAUCAAUUGAAAAAAUAUUUACCAACGUUAAAUUACAGACAAACGUCGCGCUCUUAUUGGACUACUCGUAUUUAAGAUGAUUAUUUUGCUAAGAAGAAGCAAUAAUUAUUACACAUGCGGACCGCACUUCCCCGGCUCAAGUACCUACGAAUAGUAUAUCAAAAAGGCAUUGAGUUCUAAAUUCAUCAUAAUACAAUUUAUACAACUUGCAGCAUUUGUCCGUUGUCGUUGUCAUUGUCGCCUACCUAGGCAGUCAGUGCAGUAUAAUCAUCAUUAAACAACCUUAACAAGUGAUAGAUAGCUUCACAUUUUAUAGCCAUCAAUAUAAUAGUUUAUAAUUUCUGGACAAAUAGAACUCGAAACUCGAAGAGGGGAACGAGUAUUGUUGGAAAACUGUCUUCUUCGGUAUAAAACUGAAAUAGAGCACUGGAUCGACUAUUAAUAUCGCGAUAAACUUGCUGUGAUAACUCGUCCUCAUAGAUAGGAAAAUAGCUCCGCCACUGCUGCGCCCGGUAAAGACUCUAAAGAUCGUUUUGCAUCUCUUAUUUAGAGACAGACUAUGCAUUUCGAUCGGACAUACAUAGUUCAGAAAGUAACCUUCUUAAUUCUAACAAUUAGAAGAUUAAUUUAAAUUAAAAAAUAAAAUUGUGGCAAUACCUUUUGUAUCCUGUCAUACAGGAUCACCAUAAUCUAAUCUCCUUGAAAUAGAAAAAUUGCAAUAAAUUGUGAUAUAUACAAAAAAUAUAGAUAGUGUUGUGUGUUAGUGAAUUUUUAUUUAGAAAUAAAAUUAUUAUUUAAAAAUGACUGAGAGUAAAAGCGGAAAUCAAAAGGAUAAUCGUGAUGAGGAUAUCGAUGUGGAAGCCAAGUUACUCAAUAAUGGAACUAAACAGAAGGACGAUGAGAAAUCAGCAGGAAGAGAGGAGAAAAAUGCCGAGGAGAAUGAGGUCAAGAUGAGCGUUGAUAUUGACAAACUGCUCAAGGAUAUGCCAUUGACAGAUGAUCUUACUUGCGGAUUUUGGAUCUUCAGAGGACGAUUCUUUCAAGCUUUUGCCAAUCAAACAGCCUAUGUUUGCCUUUAUGGCUUAGUUGGAUGUGUAUUCUCAAUGACAUAUGCCUAUUUCAACGGGACGAUAACAACAAUAGAAAAACGUUUCAAAAUUCCAUCCAAAAAUACUGGAAUAAUAUCUGUGGGAAAUGAUAUAAGUCAAAUGUUCGUAUCGGCAGCAUUAAGUUAUUAUGCUGGAAAAGGACAUCGACCAAGAUGGAUUGGAUUUGGUCUUCUAACUAUUGUUGCAUUUUGUCUUCUAACUGCAUUGCCCCACUUUUUAUACGGCCCAGGAGAGGAUGCAUUAUCACUUACAGAAGAAUUUGGUGCUCUGCCUGAUGAAAAUGCUACAAUGGAAGCUCUUGAAGCACAACGUUCAAAAUUACUUUGUAGAAACAAAGGAAAUGGUUUAGAAUGCGAACAUGGUGAAGGAAAUCUAGCUCCUCAAGUAGUGCUUUUUAUAGCUCAAUUCAUCUCUGGUAUUGGAGGAUCCUUAUAUUAUACUCUGGGAGUGUCCUACAUGGAUGAUAAUACCAAAAAAUCAAAAACUGCCGCUCUCUUAAGUUUAUCGUACUUCCUUCGUAUGUUGGGACCAGCUCUGGGCUAUGCUCUAGCUUCAUUCUGCCUGCGAGUUUAUAUUGCACCAAAUUUACGUCCAGUUAUUGGACAAAAAGAUCCACGAUGGUUGGGUGCCUGGUGGAUGGGUUGGUUGUUGUUGGGUGGACUUCUAGCUGCAUCAGGAUUCUUUCUAACAAUGUUUCCAAAACAAUUGCCAAGAGCAGCAGCAAGACAAAUUGUUGAAGCUGAAAGGAAAAAGCUGAAAGAAAAAGGUGUUGAAAAAACCGAAAAAGAUCUUGAAGCAGAAGUUGAGACACCAGCAUCGAUGAAGGACAUGUUGAAGACAUUUAAAAGAUUGCUUAAAAAUCCAACUUUGAUGUGUAAUAAUUUCUCGUCGGUGUUUUAUUUGUUCGGUUAUACGCCGUAUUGGAUUUUCACACCGAAAUAUAUUGAGAUUCAAUAUAGACAGUCUGCGGCGACCUCAAGUUUGGUAACGGGAACUAUAGCAUUGGGUUUUUCUGCAAUUGGUGUUCUUCUAUCGGGUUAUGUCAUCUCGAAAUAUAAGCCAAAAGCUCGAUACAUGGCAGCUUGGAAUGUUUUGGUUGGUUUCCUGACAGUUGCUGGUAUGUUGACAUAUUCGUUUAUUGGAUGUCCUGGAAAUGAGAAAUCAGUCAUUGUGAAUAUUCAUGAUAGCUCAACAAUGAGUACAACUUGUAAUUCAAAUUGUCAAUGUGAUUAUGUGAGAUAUUCACCAAUUUGUGGUGAAGAUGGAAUGACAUAUAUUUCACCAUGCCACGCAGGCUGCAAGAAUGAGCAGAUUUCAUCAAAAGGAGUUAAGACAUAUUUUGACUGUUCCUGCAUUCCUAGCAACAAUUCGACACGUGCAAGUCCAGUAUUUGCCCGCCUAACUUCUCUCAAUGAAAGCUCGACGGAUGACUUUCUCGAUUUAGAUGACGGGACAACAACAAUCACUCCAUCCGAUUUCGGUUUGGGUGGACAAGCUAUUCCAGGAUCAUGUCCUGUGAACUGUUACAGCUACUUUGUGACAUUUUUGGCGGUUUUGUGUGCCCUUAAGUUCAUUGGUGCCACUGGUCGUGCUUCGAAUUUCUUAGUUUCCGUGAGAUGUGUCCCGGAAAAGGAUAAAACAGCUGCCAUGGGUUUUGGUCUUAUGAUGAUGAGUCUGUUCGCUUUCAUCCCGAGUCCAAUAUUCUUUGGAUGGGUGAUAGACAAGCUUUGUUUGGUUUGGGGUAAGACUUGUUCGAACAAAGGCAACUGCUGGCUCUAUGAUCCAGAAUCUCUCAGAUACACAUUGAACUUCAUUGCCUCAAUAUUUGUGACUCUUGGUUCAAUAUUCGAUGUGGGCGUCUGGUACUAUGUUAAGGACUUGAAAAUAUUCGAUGAGGAAGUCAAAGAUGUGGAAUUGAAAGUGGUGCAGCACGAGGAGGAUGCCACCCCUGAAAAGAAGACGGAAAUUUAAUUUCAAUUCAAAAGCAUCAAACUCUCGUCAAGAACAAAAAAAGGAUGUGACAGCUUUUUUUUGUUGUUGUUUCUGCUGUCUUCGUCCUGAUGAUGAUAUUCAUUCAAUUGAACCCAUCCAAUAUUUUUUUUAUAUAUACAUACAUAUAUAAGACCAAGCAGAGAACUUACCAAUAUAUGGGUGGGUGCGGGUGGUUAUGAGUGGACAGGGGGGUUAUGGUGUAUAGUAUAGUAUUUUUAGUUGUGAAGCAAAAGUGAUUAUUGAAUUCCUUUGUCCGUCGUCGCCUAUCGUCGUCGUCGUAUCGUUUCUACUUUUAUUAUUUUCUCUCUGCUCAUAUUUUAUCUCUCAACUCAAAGGACUUUCAAUUCGAUUCGAUUAGAGAUGCAUAGCAUAUAUAGCGCAACAUCAAAAUGACCGUCAAAGGAGUCUGAACCUUCACAGCACAGCACAUCACAAUUAAUUCGAUUCUUUCAAAGAUGGCGAUGUUUCUAAUUACUCUCAUAGUUUUAUUUUCUUCACUAUUGUUUUUGUUUCUUUUGUUCAUUUGUUGUCGUUGAUAAAAAGAACUUAAUACCAUUGGUCAAUAUAUAAGUAAUGCUGACAAAAACAAAAAUCACUUCAAAUUUUUCCUUUGAUUUUUUUUCAAAAGGAUAUCAUUAUUUGAAAUGCAUUUUCAGUCAUUAGGAAAAUUUGAUGAACUUAUAAUAGGAUGUUUUUUUUUUUGUAGGAACAAAUAGUUGUUUUUUGUUCAUUUGUUUUUGUUUUAAUUUUAAUUUUUAAGUUUUAAGUUUUCUUUGUUUUAAGAUUAUGUAUUAUUUGUAUUUGUAAAUAUUUAACAGUGUAUAUUAAUAUGAAUAAAAGAAGAACUUAGAGUAUUCUGUAAAAAAUAUAAACUAAAUAAAAUCUUCUUUAUAAGUCGAAAGUUUUUGUUUUGAAACUUA